CUAGUUUUUAGAGGCCCAUCAACGAUGAUGUUUAUCCUUCCAAAUCACUCCGGGUCACUUAUCCGUACACUCAUCCACAAAGCUCCCACCCGUCCACCGCACUUCGCCGCCAAUCUCCGCUCCAUGGCCACCGCCGUCGACGCCGUGAGUCCGUCAAACACCCGUCUGGGAUGGAUCGGCACCGGCGUGAUGGGCCGAUCAAUGUGUGCUCACUUGAUCAACGCGGGAUAUGAGCUCACCGUCUUCACCAGGACUAGUAGCAAGGCCCAAGAGCUCAUUUCCAUGGGGGCGAAGUGGGCCGACUCCCCGAGAUCCGUCUCUUCCCGCUCCGACGUCGUCUUCUCCAUCGUCGGAUACCCCUCCGACGUCCGCCACGUCAUCCUCGAUCCCGACUCCGGCGCGCUCGCCGGCCUCAGGCAGGGCGGCGUCGUGGUCGACAUGACCACCUCCGAUCCUUCCCUCGCGGUCAAAAUCCACUCCGCCGCGACCUCAGCCGGCUGCUCCGCAAUAGACGCCCCGGUUUCCGGCGGCGAUCGCGGAGCCCGCAACGCCGCACUCUCAAUCUUCGCCGGCGGCGACGAAACCCUAGUUCAGCGGCUCUCUCCAAUCUUCUCCCUCAUGGGUAGGGUUUACUACAUGGGUGCCCCUGGAAAGGGCCAAUUCACAAAACUAGCCAAUCAAAUAACCAUAGCUUCCACCAUGGUAGGGCUAUGUGAAGGCCUAGUGUAUGCCCACAAAGCAGGAUUGAAUCUGGAAUUGUAUCUAAAUGCCAUUUCAACCGGAGCGGCGGGAUCAAAAUCACUGGACUUGUACGGGAGCAGGAUCAUGAACAGAGAUUUUGAUCCCGGAUUUUAUGUGAAUCACUUCGUUAAAGAUUUGGGAAUCUGCUUAAAGGAGUGCCAGAACAUGGGACUGGCACUGCCUGGAUUGGCAUUGUCGCAGCAGCUUUACCUAUCGCUUAAGGCUCACAGAGAAGGCGAUUUAGGCACGCAAGCUCUUAUCUUGGCACUUGAGAGGCUCAACAAUGUAUCCCUGCAGCGUUCUUCCACCGGGGAACUCUAGAUUUGGUAAAGAAAACAUGAUUUUGAUCCUGAAUUCGCCUUAUUGUCGAGUGUUUAUGUCCUUUAUGAGGGGUGUAUGCUGAUUAUUGAUGGAAUCAUGUGAUAAUAGUUUGAAAUACUUGUAGUGAUGGAUUCUUGUUUCCUUUCUUCUAUUUUGAUGGAAUUUAUCCAAAUUAUAAGAAUUUUAUAUCAUGCUUUGAGGAAUUUGUCUAAACUUGGCAUCAAGCUCACAUUGUAGAUUUUCCAGAGGGAAAGAAAGAACUUCUAUGCUG